CAUCCUGAACCCCCUAACCGAGUCUCCUCAUUUGAGUAAAAACCGUUUCUUCGCCUGAAACCCAUUACCUGUGUAAGUUCGUCUGCAGGAACUGAAAAUGGAAAUAGCUCUCAUCCAACCAUUAAUGGCCGUGUUAAUCUCUUCUUUUAUCGCGAUUAGAGCUUACAGGAGGAAUUCGCUCGACUUGUCUGGAGCACUCUCCGGAUUCAUUGUCAUGACUCUCCACUUCGCUGUCGGAUUUAGAUUUGGAGCUAUGCUGCUUGCCUUCUUUUUAACUUCAUCGAAGCUCACCAAGGUCGGAGAAGAGAAGAAACGGCGCAUUGACGCUGAUUUUAAGGAGGGCGGGCAAAGAAACUGGUUACAGGUGAUAAUCAAUAGUGGGAUUGCAUCAAUUCUAGUUCUCAGUAUUUGGAAAUUAACGGGUCAGCAGGAUCAUUGUUUGGACUCCAAGGAAUCCACUUCAAUAACUGCUCUCAUUGGUGGUAUUAUUGGUCACUAUGCCUGUUGCAAUGGAGACACUUGGUCUUCAGAGCUUGGGGUGCUAAGUGAUGCACAGCCUCGGUUAAUCACAACUUUCAAGCGUGUUCAGCGGGGCACAAAUGGUGGUGUAACAGCAGCAGGGCUCCUAGCGGCAAUAGUAGCUGGCAGUGUCAUUGGAUUGACAUUUGUUCUCUUUGGAUUUUUGACCACGAAAUGUUCAUAUGAUGUAGCUUUGAAGCAGCUUUUGGUUAUUCCUCUGUCAGCAUUGGCAGGACUAUGUGGAAGUUUGAUAGAUUCUCUACUAGGAGCAACCUUUCAAUUCAGUGGAUUCUGCACUGUUCGUAAUAAGGUUGUUGGAAAACCAGCACCGACAGUGAAGAAGAUAUCAGGUGUUAGUAUUCUUGAUAACAAUGCUGUUAACCUUGUUUCAGUAUUGCUGACCUCAUUACUGACUUCCAUUGCCUGUAUAUAUAUUUUCUGAAAACUUCAUUUGGAUAGUGUAUUGAGGAUGAAAUUAGAGUUCCACAUGACCUAAUUGUCAAAUAAUCAAGCUCCAGCUGUGCAAAAUGUAUACACUCAUGGUAUGAAUCUUGAAAUAUCAUUGUUGUUAACCUUGUGAAAAUCAGGAGUGCUAUCUUUCACAAGACAAAAAAUAAAUGUACAUUCAUUGUAAAUGGUUAAGGUUGCCGGAUCUGUUAUGCAGUUCCUGUUUCUUCUGAUGAA